AUGGACCAGACUAUUCGCGAGUUAUUUAGUGGACAAAACGUACAAGAAAAUCAAAAGAAAGUGAUGGCUUUUACUUCGACGCAAGAGGGAUUUUUGUGGGCGAUGAAAAACACAACAAAUCCAGAAAAAGUCUAUUCGUGGUUCAGUCUUUCCGUCUUGACGUUUUGGAUCUGCCACCACCCACAAAACAUCCCAUUGGUACAACUCCAAAGCCUCUUGUUGGACUCCCUCCAAUUUCACAUCAAAUCAAAUAACAAAGAAGCUUCAAAUAAACUUGCCGUACUGUUCUGUGCGGUCACGCGGUGGACGUUCAACGGACAAACUCUCUGCGGCGAGAUAGCGAACUUCGCGAAGAAUGAGGAGACCGUACAAAUGGCGCUUCUGCUCUUUUCAACGUUUGCGGAAGAGUAUCGAAAUGUCGACAAGAAGUACCACGUCCCCUCUCAAAGGAUCCAGUGGAUUAAAUCCACUUUUCAAACAGAGUCUGCCGAUAUCGUUAAAUUGUUAGUGAUCAUUACACAGCGUGGAAAGGUCGAGGCGUUAUCGGCAAUGAGCAAAUACAUCGGGUGGGUUGAUACUAAAGCUUUAAUAGAAGCAGGCGUCUUCGCAACACUAACACAGACCGUAUUAGUACAACAAAUGGUCAAACCAUCACUGGAAUGCCUUGUAGAGUAUCUCCAAUCGAAUAAAACACCCCUCGACCCACACUUCCAUAUCUCGAUUGUUAGCCUUACACUGAAAUUACUGACUAUACCGGAUAUUCCACCACAACAAAUACUUUACUUGUUAAUUCGAACGUUUGAAAUCUGCGUGCCACGAAUACCUUUUGACGACACAUUUUUACAAAUACCAAGAAGCUUAAACGCAUUUCUGCAAACGCACAAGAACGACUUCACUGUUGUGUCGACGUGUUUUGAUGUGUGGGCAGCGUUCUUUGAUCUUCCGAUUUGUGGCUCGUUGUGUAUCUCUGAUGAGUUUGGACCAAUUGCGGAAGACACGUGUCGGAUUAUUCUACCACUGUUGUUCUCUGCGAGUUAUAGCGGAAUCACUUUACUCGACACUUCAAAGGUGGGCGACGAACAAAGCGAAUUUGAGAUCUUCAUAUUCAACGCGUACCAAGUCUUGAUGUCAUUAGUCGAUUUCCAAGGCCAUGUUGUGUUGCCUCUUAUUAUCGAAAUUACAAACCAAACCUUUUUACGUCUGAACGAGAAGCGCGGGGUCUUCACGGACGGUGACAUUUGCGACAUCUCGACGGCUUCGAAACUGUUUUUGGAAACCUCAUCGAAUCUUUUGGUGCACGUCGACAAUUUGGAAACACUGCAAAAGAUGUACACCCCACUCAUCACGCUGUUGUGCGCGUUACCUAAUGUACAUAAUGAAGACGCGAAAAUCGCAGCAACAAAUUUAAAGUCUGCGAUUCAGACGAUGUACGGUACUUUACACGAGUUGUGCAGUACCCCAACUUUACUCUUCGUCGAGCAAUUGCUCACUUUGUUUAUUCAGACCGUCACUCAAUGCAAGGAGGAUAAAGUCUGUGAGCAAGUAGUCGACCUCUAUUUUGAGCUGGUACUCGCCUGCCGCCCCGAAGUCUUCAACUUGAAUAUAGUCAACGAGAUGAUGAAGGACUCGGUCACUUUUGUGCGACGAUUUUGUAGUCCUGCGAGGAAGUACGUUGCAAUUGGUGUUUCUGAAAUAUAUGUGUUUCCAAACACGAACUCCAACUUCACGAAAAAGGACUUGGAGGAGCGAUUUGGCGUGUUUCAGAAUUUCGUGAGUGAAAUAGUGGUGAAGCCGAUCAUCGAAAUGUGUCAAACAAAUCAGUUUGGGGAGUACCCGGACGUGUGUAAAAUACUGAAGGGGAUUGUCAAAGGCAAAGAGACUCUCAAUGGGGUGAACAAGCAACUCAUUGUUGGGACUUUGGGGAGACUCAUUUCUGAAAUAUUCCCACAAGCACUCCGAGUUAUGGACGCGCAUAAUAUUCGAGUUACUCUGGUGACUAUUAGAGAAAUAAUUCAGUACAUGAGCAGUGCGUUGGACGAGCGAGGGAUAGUCGAAGUCUUAACAAUAAUGAUGGAAAGCUUUAAAGGGAAAAUCCGAAGCUUUGUAGAGAGUGGUGAAAAGGAAAUCAACAAGACGAUGUGUCUUGUGAUCUUAAUAGGUGAGAUUUAUGUCAAAGAGUGGAGUCAUAAGACGAAAGGGAAGAGUGAGGUGUACACUCAAACGGUGAUGCGUUUGAUGAAUUUUGUUGUUGACGAAGUUUUGACGACUUUAGACGAUAAAAGUAUUGGGAAUGAACUCUACAGAGACAGCGUGUCAUUGUUCUUUAAUAUCUCCGAAGCUGUAUUCAACGAAGUUGGGAACAAAGUUGAAUUCUAUGUGAUGGUUGUACAACUAGUGAUUAAGUUAAUAGGGAUGAGCGAUAUAGAAUUGGCUAAAGAAGUCAUUGAAAAGAUCCAAUUACUUGGAACUACUAAAAAGUUCUUUGUACAGCCCAUAUUCAAAGAAAUGAAGGUCCAAUUUGUUGUGGAAUUACUUGGGAUUGCUGUUGUCACACCACAUUCAAUAGACGAUAUUGUUGGAUUGUUGUAUUAUGUCAUGGAUAGUGAUGUGCCUUCUUUGCUGGUGUCGUUCUAUAACGUACUUGAUUUGUUCUUUAACAAGUACCCGAACAUUAGCGUUGAAAAUAAAAACGAAGUGAAAAGUUUGUUUGUGAACGCACAGGAUAUGCCGACGUUCACGUUUGCUAUGUCUCAGUUUGUUAACGAUAUGCAUUGUUAUUUACCAUAA